UUCUUUAGAUUUCCGUAACUGCUCUGCCUCUCCGCUCGUGAGGAGACAGUUAGGGAAACAUACAGAUAAGAAGGUGCGGGACGGCAGGAAAUCCGCCAUCUUUGAAACAACUUCAUCGAUACAGACAGCGAGGAGGUCUGAGCUCACCCCAGUCCGAUGGUGCGUUUGAGGGCCGUGGGAAUAAACUGAAAUGCACAUUUAACUCUAGUUCUCCCAACAACCACAUUACGACAGUUGUUUGUUAGAUAAUUAUGUACAAUGUACCGCGUUGUUUUUAAACGUUUUUACCUAUAAAAUCAUGUGUAUGCAAAUAAUGGGUCUGUCUUUAAACAAUAGAGAGAAUUCUCCACUCAUGGUGAUUCGUCACAAACUCGCAAAAUUAAGACAUAAAAUAGUAAAGGGUCUGUUCUUCACAUGUAAACACUCAAAAUGAAUAAUACUAAAGUUGUGAUUUAUUCUAAAACAGUAGUAAAUUAAGGAUUUCAGACAAACUUGAAUUGAAUGAUUGUCAAAUUAGCCUCCUCUUGCUAGUGACAUGCACUGGACUCGAGAAAUCAUGAAGUAUUUAUGAAUUACAGAUUUUCUUGUGUUCGUGAACGCAGCUUAAGUGGGAGCUACUUUAGGGCGAGGCGCGCUCAAGAAAGUACAUGAGCGCGCCUACUCCUCAAUACUUGGGUGGGCUGCACGGAUUCAUGAAGCAAUAUCUCUCUCUUCUUAACUUUGAAUUACUUUUGAUCAUCACUUUUAAAUACUAUAUAUAUAUAUAUAUAUAUAUAUAUAUAUAUAAAUAUAAAUAUAUAUAUAUAUAUAUACAUAUAUAUAUAUAUAUAUAUAUAUAUAUAUAUAUAUAUAUAUAUAUAUAUAUAUAUAUAUAUAUAUAUAAAUAAUUUUAAAUAUAAAAAUAGUGUCUUUCAGAAACAGCUAAUAACACCUCAAAUAGUUUCAAAUCUGUUUUAAGUAAUUUAUUGAUUAAAAUACAUAUUUACAGUUCUGAUUUUUAUCUAAAACCAAGUUUUUCGUGAGUCUUUUUAAAUGUAUCUCUCAGCAAGAAAAAAAGGUAUAUAUAUAUAUAUAUCCUUAAACGUUGAAUCAGGUGAUGACUUUUUCUUGUUUUUUCUUCCACACUGUUUUUCUGUCACCUUCUUGCAUUCCAAUAUUUUGGGCUGUAACAAACAUAUCAGUUUAGCUCCUUAUAAAUAACAAGUUGAUUGAUAAUGAUUGAAUCAAUUAAUUAAUUGAAGACUAUUAUUUGAUUUACUUUUAAAUCAUCAAUCAUGAUAACUCUACAAAAGUCAUUGUUGGUUGUGACACAUUGGUCGAAGUUUUUGCCAGUUUUGACACCUUUGUUGACUCUCUCUGCAGGAGUUAAUUUAAGAGUCACACAGACAGGCUGUUAUCUGUAUGUGGAAAUGAGAGCAGAAGCUUCUUACAGCUGAUUGGAGGAUAAACCUAUCCUUCCUUUCCUGUCCCACAAUCCCCACACAGGAGCACUGUGGUAAAGUCACCUUUCUGUGAAAACCUCUCAGAAACAGGAGACAGUACAACUGGGAUAUUUACAAGCGUUUUUUGGGAUUUAACCUCUGAUUUAGUCCUCAUUCGCCUGCAAAUAUGACGAUAAGAACAGCACGCCAGGACCGGGUACAACAUUUUCGACCCCGGACACACUGCUUGAAAAAGGUGAGUGGUUAUCUUUAUCACAUUAAUUAUUUUGUGUUUUGCUUUGUUUUUUGCUCCAUAAUCAGAAAAAUGUAAGAGUUUUGUUGGUUGGUGAAUCUUCAGCUGAAUUUGACUUCACAUCUCUGUUUCUUCUCAUACCAAGCACGACUACUUUCCUGCAAACAUCCCUUUCUAUGAGAUUUUAGAAAUAAACUGUGUUUAUCAUUUCUUCUCCCUGAGGCUAGAUUAAAGAUCUUAUUACAUACAUAUGUGUGUGUAAGAUUUACACAUGAUUUGUUUGCCUCUAGAGGAGCAGGGGCUUGUUAAAGAUAAUCCCCUCUUUCACUUCAAAGCCAAUUAGCUUCACUGCUCUGUUGCUGAGUGUUACUGCAGGCUGAGGGUCAGUUAAGGAGCAAAAUCCUGCCCUCAGCUACUGCAAUCCUUCGUUGUGAAUGUUAACUUUGAUUUCACUGGCGCGUUUAGCAAAAGACAGCUGAAACAGGCAGAAAACUCACACAAAAACUUUUCUCUGGCAAAACUACAACUGAAGAAGAUAAACAAAAACAACUAGACGCUGUGGAAAACUGAGCAAAAAUCUCGCUUCAGGUUUAGAAGCAGGGCAGAAUAAUGAUAAUUCACCAUCACAUUAAACCAAGUCGUGAAUUAAUUAUCUUGAGUGUAAGAGUGCAAUAAAACCAAAUGUCCUUAGAUAACAUUAAAUUAACUCUUUACACUUUAAGGUGGUCCUAUAUGUCAACAAAUGUCUGCUCUUUUAUGCCAAUAGCAUGGCUUAUUAUGUUGAUUUAGAGAGACAGAAAUUACGUGAUCAGCCUAAAAGUGAAGGUAAAGAGGGUAAGGAUGACAAAACCACAUCUAUAUAGUCAGAAAGCACUUUCUAUGGGCCCUUGAUACCAUACUACUACUACCCCCUACUAUCAUAGACCCAGAUUGCUUUUAUUGUUGGUUCAAAAUUCCCAGCAUAUUCACACAUUGCUUCUUCAUACAACCUUUGCUGAAAGAGUCUGACAUUUUAAAUGGAAAAAACAUGAGAUGGUGAACUGUGGUUACACAUUUAAGGUAUCAGAGUAAAUUCUGCUUCAACGUUGAAUAAGCCUUAAAAUAGUCAUAACAGGUAAGGAUAAACGAUAUAAGAUAUGCAUUCAUGACAUACUGUGCAGCCACGACAGGAUGAAAACUGUGACAACAAACUGAUGUGGCAAUGUAGUUGUUUAUUUAAACCGAAGAAGCUGAUAGAAAUCGUGAAGUCCCAUUUCUCCAAAACAUAUCUGUGACUGGUUUAUGUUCUUUCUGUUAUUGGGUUUUAACCUGAUUAAUUUUUCUCUCUGUUUUCAGCUGGAGGCCAUGGUGGUAGAGAUGCAGGACUCUAAAAGUGGUGUCAAAGGCUCAGAGCAGAAACUCAAUGUCACCACCAUCCCACACGUCAUCUCUGGUGAGACGAACCACACAAUUUUACACACAAUUAUACACACAGGGACAAAAUGUUGAAUACUGAAUGGCUGUCAUUAUAUCACAUUUUCACCUCACUGUGAAGUACAGUGACAAUAAAACAUCACAAUAACAACAAUAUUCUGAUCAUUUUGAUCAACUUAAAAACAAUUUCAAUCAAAUUAGAGAAAGGCAAGAUGGGAGGGGGCAUUAACUAAAACGUCAGCAUCUAUUUUAAAUGAUGACAUUACCACCAAAAUGCUUUUAUUCUGAAUUUCUUUCCGUCUUGUGCUUACGUUGCUUUGUUUUCUGCGUGGUAAAACUAUGCUUUUAAUUUGAAGCUUCUUCCUGUAUAUCAUAAUUUACAAAUCUGAAUAAAAACAAUAAAACAUAACAGACAGUUUGCAGGAGUUAAUGAGACACAAACUCUCACAAUGUAAAUAUUUGAAAGUCAGUUUUUAAAAGUGCCGAGUCAACUCUCAGAUUAAGCUAGCUAGCUAACUAAAGCUAGCUAAAUGCAUCUUCCUCCUCAUCAUCCCUCCUCUGUCUUAUGAUGUGUGGCAUCUGGAGGUGUUACGGCAGUACUGUAAGCUAAUUUGAAGUACAAUAUAAUUUUUCCUGAAAGUAGGUAAUGGUCAAUACCAGUAUAAUGCGACAGCCUUUCUGUUGAGCACUUGCUGUUCCCUGUAUAGUUAUUCUACGUUGCAAAAACAGAGUGUAAUCGGAUGAUAAUCUUCAUGCUUUCAGUAAACAACUAAAUCUACUUAUAGGUUGAAACAGCUGCUGCAUGUAUAUAGCCUUACACUGUAUAUAUUGUUAUGAAGUGACUCAGUAACGCAGAGCAGGCAGAGAAUAACUCCAAAUAGCAGGUUCCUCCAACCUUAGACCCCAAAAAUUGACCCAGCGUGGAUCAAUGUGCCACCAGUGAAAACUGGGUUAACCUCUAAAAGUCAAUUGGGUGUGUUGGCCUGGAGUCAAUGCAAUGAUGUUACAAUUCCCCACUACUAAGAGGCAGAAAGGGACCCUGCUGGAGAGUUAUUUUGAUCCAGCGAUUAAAAUGACCAAGAUUGACCCUUUCUGGUUCAUACAAACCUACAAUGAGUUAUUCUCUGAGCAGAUAUGUUGUUAGAGAGUGAAAAAAACUCUCCACAGUGAUGGUAAGAUUUGGUCUGAGUGAAGCUGUUGGUCGGCUGCCUUGCUGGCUAAGCCGCUAAUGCAGGAUAAAUAAAGCAGCCCACAAUUGGAUGAGACCUGGGCAGUACCGAAAUGUUUUUAAUCCCCUCUUAGACCAGUGAGGGAAAGGUCAGCAAGCAAGGACCAAACCUCCAAUGUGAACUGGUGUCAGCAGAAGCAGGAACAAUUCAACAAAAUGAUAGGUGAAGCAGAGGCCGAGCUGAGUGAUUCAUGGGGAGUGAUUAUCACCUGGUGUUGUCAUGUCUUCUAGCUGAUGACACUGAGUUAUUAAGUUCAUUUGUCCUUUAUGAAAGAUGGGUUUUGAAAAAAGACAGAAAAAAAUUCAAUUAAACUUUAAUUUUCUUGAUUCAUGUCCCAGCUCAAAAUUUAAGAGGAAUCAGAUGUUGCCUUAAAAUACAAAGAGAGUCUCUGUUUCACUCCACCAGCUUACAUUAGUCUCACGUUAUUCCUGCAAGACGCAUGUUUAUCAGAAUUUUCUAUAAUUGCUGGGUGUCAACCAACUGGUCAGACAGUAAACACUUAAUGGUCUGAGUCAGGAAAGUGUGUUUUUAAUAACAUUGGUAAAAGUAUUUUCGACAUCAGAGGCCUUAUCUCUUCUGAGAAACAAGGUAAGCUAAUCCAAGGGUAGAAAAGAGCUUCAGAAAGCUCUGAUAUUCACCAGGAAUCUGCUCCACUCAGUUACCUCAUGGCUGGUUAAAUACCAGGUGCUUCAGAGAGACCUCUUUGGGUAAUCUCUUUUUUGUGUUUCCACUCAGGUAAGGAUGUGAUUGCAUGGAUUACCAACAAGAUGAAGAACACUACAGAAGGUAUGAUUUCUUAAUAUCAUAGUAAAACAUGAAAUCCUCACUCACGUUUGACCUUUAGCACUUCAUUCAUAUAUCCCUCCCCUCUCCCUGUCGUUUAUUCAGAUGCUCAGGCUUUUGGCACCAUGCUGGUGGCUUAUGGAUACAUCUACCCUCUGCAGAAUCAUAGGAAGCUGGUCAUGUGCAAUGAUGAUAGUCUCUAUCGCUUCCAGGUGAAGAAAAAAUCUGUCUUCUUGGAAUUAAAUGUUGUUCAUCAUAGAGAACAGACUCACUAAUUAUGUAAAGACAACAUAGCACCAUAUACACAAGAUCCUACAGAGCCUGUCUGAGAUUAAUGAUACUGCUGUUGCUGUAUUUCCAGUUAAAAUCUGGUGUUUAAGAGACUUAAACUACAGUGAUGUGGGCUACUUAAAAAUGCUCUGAUAUAUCAAGUCAGCAGAAAUUGGUAGAUCUAUCCAUGCAUCAAACUGAAAUGUCUCUCCUUUUUGCACCUUUCAGACUCCAUACUUCUGGCCAACACAGAAAUGGUUUGCAGAGGACAUUGACUAUGGUGGGUACAGUAUGCCAUAUAUAGUGUUACUUACAAAAUCACGACUAUGUUGAACCACAGCCAAGUUUUAAUGAUUUAUGAGAUGGUUAAGCGAGACUUAAGAGUUUUUAGACAAGGAUGUACUUCCGAUCCAAAUCCAUCCGAAACCACUCGACAUAUCUGUUCAAUCACAGCCCUCUCUAUCACGAGACGUAGCUUGUGUCCAACAGUCUCUGUGGGUAAAAUUGUUGAGAAGAAGGUUGGGUAAGUGUCCACUUUUGUUGUUGUGUUGAUCUGCAAUGGUUUUGUCUUUCUGCAGCUAUUUACUUGGCAAAGAGGAACAUCCGUAAAAAAGGCAUGCUGGAGCCCUACGAACAGGUUUGUGCAAAUAUUCAGGAAUUAAAGACCUGAUAUUGCAACAUCUUUCAAACAGAAGCGAUCAUUCAGGGGUCAGCGCAGCUUGUGAAUUAUAAUGGCAGUCAUGCAGACCAAAAACUGAAUGCACUUAUUUGUGAAUUUCCCAGUUUGGGAUCAAUAAAGUCUAUCUAUCUAUCUAUCUAUCUAUCUAUCUAUCUAUCUAUCUAUCUAUCUAUCUAUCUAUCUAUCUAUCUAUCUAUCUAUCUAUCUAUCUAUCUAUCUAAAGAGAGCUUUUUAAAAACUUUUAACAUACACUCACCCGUUCAUCUGUGAAUUUAUUAUAGUAACAGAGUUAAAGUGUAAACAUUAUUAUCAGUAUUAUUAUCAUUAUGACAGGUAAUCCAUUUUUCUUCUACUUAUUCCAUCGUCAUUAUGUAGUGACAUGUCUCUGAACUGAUCAAACUUAAGGAUCAUGGAUUGAUACAAGCUGGGAAAAGCUGACAUAACUGACACAGCAGACAUGGAAAUAUCUCAUAUUUAGCCUCCAUUUGUUCAUGUCUAUGGCUGAAUGAUUCAGCUUGUUGUUUGACGCUGUUUUUCCUGUUUUCAACAGGCCCAUUACAACCACCUCCAUGAAUGGCUGAACCACAAGUGGGACUUUAUUGUGAUGCAGGCCACUGAGCAGUACAAGUAGGUGAAGCCUUUCACUGCUUGGUAUUGAACUCUUAGUUUAUCUGUGAUUAUUACAUUACAGGUACGUCGCCCCCUAGCGGCCAUUAGCUGUAAAUCAGUCAAUUCAUUCUAAAGAAUCUACCGAUAGUUGAAAGCAGGGUCAGACUGAACUAUUCUAUUUACAGAACAUACAUCUACUUUGAACAUGCACUUUGCACUUUUUGGCAACAGUUGCAGGACAAACUUUCUUUUAUCGGGCAGAAACCUCGAGCAGAACCGGACUCACGGUGAACAGCCAUCUGCUGAGUCUGAACAGACUGAUUGAAUGAAUGAAUGAAUUGACCAAAUAGAGGCUAAAGGCGUUAAACAUUGAGCCAAGUUCAUGACUUUUAAAAAAUAAACCCGCCUGAUGGAUGAAUUAUAAGUGAUAUGGUUACCAUGGUUACAUACUUUUGAUAGUCGUCUCUCUUCCUCCCUUGUCUUUCUGUGUGUACAUGUAUGUGUGUGUGCGCGUGUGUGUGUUAGGGCGGGUAAGGAGAGAAAGAAACCAGACCGUGUGGUGUUUGACUGCCAGGAGAGGGCUUACUGGAUAGUAAACAGACCACCGGUAAGUGUGUGUGAAACUGCUGUGUGUGUCUGUGCUGGGAAUAUUAUAAUAACACACACUCUGAUGUACUUCUCCAAUAUGACACACACACACAAACACUCACUGUACUUUUCCCUGUACAUUGUCCAGCGUCGUACUCACAGUGCUUUGGAUGUCGGCCCCGAGCGUCUUAUUGAUCCUAAUAUAGACGAGGUAACAGGUCAGUAUAAACACACCCACACACACUCAGUAUGUAUACACACAUAUACAGGCAUGCACUGACGCACAGCGAACUUACUUCAUCUUAGUAUGAGAUGUAGAAGUGACAUGACAUCCUUAAACAUCACGUCUUUACCUGAGAGUGUCUCAGAAUCAAAAUAAGUACGUGCAAAAGUCGUCAGCUGAUUUGUGAGCACAUUAUCUCACUGUUAUAGCUGAGAUCAUACAAUUAGAUAAUGUGAGGCACAAUCACAGUGUCUUAAACCUUUUAACCAUGGUUGAACUUGUGUCAUUCUCAUUGUUCUUUUCCAUCCUGUCUUUUCUGUCCUCACACAGAUCUCCUCAGACUGAUCAAGCUAAGAGAAUAAAGAGUAGUAAUAGUCAUUUUCCCAUCGUCCUUUCCUGUGUGUAAGCUUAAACUGACAUGUGUUUCAUGUAAUCUUCCGCCAGUCUCCAGAGAGAAAGGAUGUUGUUGUUGCAGAAACUGAUAUUAAAUCAACUAGACAUGUAAUUAUCUUCAAGGGCCUGCAGUUUUUUUAUUGACUAUAAACAAAUCAGUUUGAAUAAAAACUCCAAAUCUAAGUUUUCACUCCCUCUGGAGAAAAUAUUGUAUAUAACAGCUACGACUGAUGAAAUAUGAAGGAUGUUUUCUGCAAAUAUCUUGGAUGUGAUUACAUGAAAAAGAAGAAACUUGUGUCCGUACCUUCACUUUCUGUCUGCGCUUCAGCAGUAGAAACCUUUACAGUAGUUUCUAAAGGUCUGAUCCCAUGUGUGGCGUUAAGAUUUUCCUUCCUGCGCCCUUUGUAACGACUAAUCCUAAACCUACAUUUAACAUGCAGACAAACUUUUCCUUACCAAUAUUUUUUCUUGUCUCUCAGAAAAUCUCCUUUGACCAGUACAGACGCAUGGUAAGUCUUUCAGGAUAUUUCCCACCUUAACUUUUAAAAUAUCAGCAGUGAGUUGGAAUUUGGAUAAUAAUCAUUUGGCAAAAGUGGAUUGACGAAGGAACCAAAACACUGACGUUGUUCAUACUCUUGUUUUGCUUUAGAACAUGUUCUAUCAACAAGCCAUCAUGAGGUCAAAAGUCAAAUCCAGUGUGUCUCUUGGAGCGUGAGUUCUUCUGGUUUCAAUUCAAUAAACUUUCUAAAUAUUCAAAUUAAUCUGGUUCGUUUCUGAUACUAGAUCUUGUAAUAAGAACAGGAUCAGUGCAUAGAUCAGUUUGAAUGUUGACUGGGACUCUGUGGUCUGAUUACAAUUCUGUCCCUGCAGACUGGUGAAGUACAUCACAACCUACAAGAACCACGACCCAUUCCUAGCUCCCUGUUUACCCAGCAACCCCUGGCAAACAGACAAUGACAGCUACUGGACUCUUAAUAUGAGAAGGUAAAGCCUGACACUCUUUCUUUUCCUGACUGGCAGGAUGAAGAAAUAUCUUUUAAGUCAUGUUUGUGUAGAGCGGCUUUGAAAAACAUGUGUUAGAAAUAAGAGAAAUGAAUGACUCUACCUCUGUCCAGAGUUGAUGUCCCCACGAAGAUGCGGGUGGAGCGCUGGUCCUUCAGCUUGUUUGAGCUUCUGAGUGACCUGAGAGGCAGGGACGACUUUAAGAUCUUCCUCAAGAAGGAGUUCAGCGGUAUGAUACUGAAUGUCAUCUGGCAUAUUUCUGUGUUAGACCAUAACUUUAUUUCUUCUGGGAUUGACUCAGUUCAUUAUCAAAGGAUGUAAUAAUCAAUGCAGCGAUUAAUGAGGACUUAUCCACAGCAGAUAAACAGAAUUGCUCCCCUACAAAGCAGAGACUAUAAUAUCCUUGUAUCCAAAAGCGUACAGAGGGACAAGUGUGUGUUUGUGUGUGUUUCAGGGGAGAACUUGGCUUUUUGGGAGGCAGCUGAAGAACUGAAGUUGGGCACUGCAUCUUCCAUGUCGACAAAGGCAGAGACCAUCUUCAAGUAAGACCAUUAAACUGGACUUUAAGGGACAUUCCGGCAUAAAAUUAAUUUAGGGUCAAACACACCAUAACAUCAAGUUAGACACCUGAUCGAGAGAUUAAUGUUGCCGACCGCUGCUUCUCUAGUUAUACCAACUUUAGUAAUGACUGCACGAUAGCAAUACACAGCGGUCUGAGGAGCCAUAAACAAACCUCAACCAAAACGCCACUCUAUAGCCACAAAUAAUGCUCAGAACAGCACCUAACUUCAUCAACAGUACAUAUAGGGUCCCAGCCACCAAACAUCUUUUUAACUUUGCCUAAUUUCUUUAGCAAAGAGACUAAAUACAACUCACUUACUCCCUUCCAGUAGCUGCUUGUUUGUACAGAGACCUCGGGCCAGUGCAUUACAGACUACAGUGGGGUGACGCAGCUCAAGGAAGAACAUUUAUGAUCAUUUCUUCAUGGAAAUGCAAUCAGACCGAGACGCUAAGGCAGAAGAACUACCAUGUCUGCAGUGCAAAAUGAUUAAUAUGGUGAUUAUUACUUCAAGGAAAAGAUAAAGAAAUUAUCAAUAAUGUUCUUCCUUGAGCUGCGACCCUAAAUUGACCCUAAAUUAAUUUUACGCCGGAAUAUCCCUUUAAUCACUGUGCCUGAAUACUACUCCAAAUGCCACCAAUGGAGAGAUAUUGAUCUUGAGUCUGUGUGAUCAGGACCUUCCUGGCCCCUGGCGCCCCCCGCUGGAUCAACAUAGAUGGCAGGACAAUGGGUCUGACAGUAAAAGGCCUGGAUCAUCCACACCGCUACGUGCUGGAAGCAGCCCAGACGCACGUCUUUCUGCUCAUGAAGAAGGUUGGUCCAUGAACCAUCCAGCACCCCUGAUGCCACUUACCAAGCUCAGCUGCAGGAUGAGUUGACUGAGAGAAACUUAAGUCAUCCUGGUAAUGCACCGUCUCUUCUGCUUCCCUUGCUACAGGACACUUUCUUCCGUUACCUCAAGUCCCCGGUGUACAAAGACAUUCAGAAGAAAGCCCAGAGCCCUGAAGCUCAUAACUUCAGGUUAGUUCCCAAACUGCUUUUUUGAUUUGAUAAAAAAUGGUUGCAUGCUGACUUUUUAACUAUUACUACUUGAGUGAAUACUUCCUUUUCCAAAUAAAAGCAGCUAGAAAUACUUUUGAGAUUGAGGUAAAUGAUAAACAAAUACUAAAUGAUAAAACACGAUUAAGAUAAUCUCUCUGCUUCAAUUCAAGCCCGGCCCAGCUGGAGCAAAAUGCUCAGAGCCGAAGCCCAGGCAUCCAUCCCAUGAUCCUCUGGCAGCAGGAGGAAGAGGAAAAGGCCAAGGCCGCUGCUGCCUCCGCUCCUGUUGAUGUAAAAGCUAUGAUGAGCAAAAUAGACAGAAAGAAGUAGAGAUAGAGGAGAGUGAGUCUUUGUGUAUGCAAAUGUACCAGCCGCCUAUUUGGGGUACACCAUACAGAAGAAUUCGUGUAUGCCAAUAAAUGUGAUUUGAUUUUUUUGGAGGUAUCAUUUAAGAAAAAUCGCUGUUACAGUCUAGAAAGCUAAACUGAAUGGACCCACACGGACACAGGCCCAGUAGAUGAGAGACAGGAGGGGCUCCUGAGCUGGAUUUUAAAGUCAAUGUUUACAUUUUUUGACAGAAAGUAAAUCUGACUCAGUUUCACACAUUUCACACAGACGCGAUAACCACAAAGACACAACAAAGAGUCCCAUCUGCAGAGCGACCCAAAACUAUCAAAGAGAAAUAAGACACAGCAAAAAUCUCGAUCUAUCCAAAGAUAACAGAGCGAUGACAUGACUCAGCACAAACAGAGAGAAAAUCCCAAUGACAUCAAGAAGAGUUUCUGACUCUGAAAAGCAAAACAGCAGUUGUAGAGCUGUCUCAAUAAGUUCUCUGGUUUCAUUUCAAGGUUUUCGAUUCUAUUUAAACGAAACAGAUCUAUAUCAGGGGAAAUACACAACACUAGAUUUCAUUUUAAUGGUGGGAGUGAUGAACCAUUUCCAAAGAUUCUCCCAGAGUGAGUUGUACACCCAUAAGAAGUCUUUUCUGUAACUUGAAUCAACAGUUAAUCAAAC